GGAAAACCAUAUUUUCCAUGGUCUUAGGAACCGAUACACCGUUCCUCUAUCCAUUUCCAGGCAGGUCCGCCCACAUGCAGAUACGCCCACAUUUCCCUGGACAGCGAUGUGUGGGCGGGAUGACAUGCCACCCCUGUCAACUGGCCACACUCCCAGGAUCACUCAACAGCUCCGCCUCCUCGCUGGUAAUUGGCCGCCGGAUCUAUAGCUCAGGAGAGGCACACAGGCGGCCAAUCACAGAGGAGGAGCCGAGCGGCAGCGUGAAGAUCAAAGAAGAUCGAGUGAGGGAGCUGCUGGAGCGAGUGAAG